CCUCCCCCUCCGCCUCCGCCGCCGCCGUCCGCUGCUGCUCUCCGCCGUCCGCCCAUCUCUCCGCCGCUGCUCUCCACCGUCAGCCCAUCUCUCCGCCGCUGCUCUCCGCCGUUCGCCCAUCUCUCCGCCGUCCGCCGCUGCUCUCUGCCGUCAAUAGCUAGCCCUAAUUUCCUCCUCUCUACCUAGCCCUCGAUCAACAACCACAAAAAGAGAAUAGAGGUCUGGAUUGCAGUUGCGUACUACUGAAAGCAAUUGAUCGAUUUUACGGUUCUUCCUUCGGGCUGCCAUUCCCAAAACUACUGUCAAAUCGAAUUGCAGAUAUGGGUGUGUUCGAGCUGCGGUUGGUAAUAAUGGUGGUAACGCUCUUGUUAAUAGUUCCAAGCAUGUAUGGUUGGGGAAAACAUGGCCACUUUAUGACUUGCAAGAUUGCUGAGAAUUUUCUCACUGGAGAUGCUUUAGCUUCAGUGAAAGCAUUACUUCCAGACAGUGCUGAAGGUGAACUUGCUUCUGUUUGCUCGUGGCCAGACGAGAUUCGUCGGAGUGCGCAUAAUCGGUGGAGUGGUCCUUUACAUUACAUAGAUACACCUGACUUCAGGUGCAACUACCAGUAUUGCAGAGACUGCCAUGACUCUGUUGGUCGUAAAUAUAGGUGUGUCACUGGAGCAAUUUACAACUACACAAUGCAGCUUAUGACAGAGAGUCGUGAUACCGAUUUCUCAGUAAUGAAGUGCUGAUUUGGAAUGAGUGUACGAUGAGACAAUGCAUGAUGGAAGUGACGAAAGUACGGCCAACUCCACUGUGAUAGAAAAAGUUCUCGGAAAAAGCAAAGGGCUUGGAAUUAAGAUUGCAACCACCACAAAGAGUUCAAAGACGAGAUUUUCUUCAAUUCCGCCGGAAGUGCAAAUGGAAAUGAAUUCAAUGAAAGAGCAAAUGCAACUUAAAGAUGAAAAUAUGGAAAGAUUGGAAGCAGAAUUAAAAGAAACCCGAGAAAUUAUGAACACCUUGGUAGGUCGUUUUGGACUACAAGCCUCGACAUCGACUCCUUCCAAUGAUGGUGGAGUAUAAAAAGGGAUGCAGUUUGUUUGGUUUUUGAAUUAAAGUUUGAAACACUACAUUAUAUAUGCUUUUAAGUUUUUAUGUACUUUUUUAAUUUAUGUUUUGUGCUACCUUGAUAUUUAAUCCGUAUAAUUGGUUUU